GUUGCAAAUGGAUAAGGGCUAAACUGCUUAGAACUCACUAGGUCUUUUUGAAAUGAUUGCUAAACUAUCUUUAUUGUGUUAGACAUUAAAUAAAGCCCGUGUGCAGCCUUCGCUGUAUUGGACAUAUUACAUUAACCAUCUUUAUCUCUUUCAGACUCCAGCGGAGCGCUGCGGGAGAACAGCAACUGGUUUGUUCACGUCGCCGGUGUCGCCGCAACACUUCCAGCCGAGCGAGGAGCACGGGCCGAGGGACGCGCUCCGCCGCCAGUACCGUUGGAAUAACGCGCAGCCGAGCGGCUUCCAUACAACAACCCGGGCCUUAACUCUCGAAGAGCGCGUCUACUUCGCCAAUGGCAAGUCCGGCCGCAGACAUAGGACAGCCUCAUCAGCAUCAUCCUGGGAGUGACUCGGCCGCAGACUCCGCGUUUCACGAGGCACAGACCUGGAUAGAGGCUGUGACUGGGAGAUGUUUCGGUGACAAAGACUUCAGAGGAGGUUUGGAGAAUGGGAUUCUGCUGUGCGAGUUGUUGAGCUCAAUAAAACCUGGUCUGGUGAAGAAAAUUAACAGACUUCCAACACCCAUAGCUGGCCUGGACAACAUUGGCGUGUUUCUGCGCGGCUGCGAGGAGUUAGGACUGAAAGGCUCACAACUCUUUGACCCUGGAGACCUGCAGGACACAUCCACACGGCCGACCUCCAAGACAAGUGACUGCAGCCGAAAACUCAAGAAUGUUUUAAUCACUAUCUACUGGUUGGGUCGGGCUGCCAAUAGCUGUACAUCAUACAACGGGCCCACACUGGACCUGAAAGAGUUUGAGGGCCUGCUGUCACAGAUGCGAAAGGAGGCAGAAGAGGCAGAGAGUCCUAAACGCAGCAUCCGGGACAGUGGCUACAUCGACUGCUGGGACUCUGAGCGCAGUGACUCACUCUCUCCGCCACGCCACGGCCGCGAGGACUCCUUCGACAGCCUGGACUCCUUCGGCUCACGCUCACAACAAACUCCGUCACCAGACGUACUGGUUGCCCGUGGCAGCAGUGAUGGCCGCGGCAGCGACUCAGAGUCUGACGGUGCCCCACACAGAAAAAUGCCAGAUGUCCGUAAGGAUGACAUGUUGGCACGCCGGACGUCCGUCAGCGAGCUGCGGACAGCUAUGCCUUUCAACCAGUACUUACCCAACAAGAGCAACCAGAGCGGCUAUGUGCCCGCGCCACUGCGCAAGAAGAGCGAUAAGGAGGAGGGAGGACGCAAGAGCUGGAGCACUGCUACUUCACCUAUAGGGGGAGAGAGACCUUUUAGUCCUUAUGAGGUCUCUAGCAUAGAUGCACCAGCUCAAGUGCCCCCCAGUCCAUCCCUCACCCCACCCUUAACUCUCGAACCCCCAAUACAGAUUCAGGAGGAGCAUCACAGUAAAAUGGACACCAGGACAGGCGAGCAGACUGUGUCCAUUCCUUGCUUUGAGGUCCAUUCAACGGGCAUGAGGAGGAGUAGUGAGCCUCUGUCCUGCAGCCGGCCUCAGCCUCAUGCAGAGCCCUCCAGGGAGACUUUAACCCACCUGACAGGCACCUCUGAGCUAAGCACCCCAGCUCGCUCGUGCUCAGAGGAGCUUUUCCACCAUACGACGACUUUAGCUGCAAGCGGCACUGCAGUCUGUGUGGUUGCAACAAGUCCUAUCAACACCACUGAGAAGAAUCUACCCACAGCAGAGCAAAGGGAGGCGGAAGCAAGGAAAGGACUCACUGGCACCGCGUUGGCUGCCAAUGCAGAGGACGGGAACUCGGCCCAUCGCACGCUGACCUCUCCUAAACAUAUCGCCACCGCAAGUCCCUCCCACUUCCUUACUGCAUCUGCAGCCAUGGCAACCACUUCAGGAGGAACAAGUGAUACUGGCCGACGAAAGAGUAGAGCGAGGAGUGAAAGUGACGACACACAAAGAGGGAUAUCUUGGUCGGACAGCACUCUCCCUGCAACAAGUCUGAGUAUGUGCGACAUGCGCGGUGAGGACGAGGCCAUGUUGCAGCCGCACAGUCAGAUGCGUCAUGAGCUGAUGCACAACCAGUACAACAGGAUGAAGGAAGAGGAGGAUCACUGGCAAGACGACCUGGCCCGAUGGAAGAAUCGCAGGAGGAGUAUUUCCCAAGACCUGAUCAAGAAGGAGGAGGAGAGAAAGAUGAUGGAGAGGCUGAUGUCAGGAGACACUUGCAUCUCCCAGAGAAGGAGAAGCAUAAAGACCUACAGAGAGAUAGUAGAGGACAAAGAGCGGCGUGAGGAGGAGCUGCGGGAGGCAUACAGAAGAGCCAAAACCCCAGAGGAAGCGUCUGUGAUCCUCCAGCGCUACGCCCAGCGCUUCUCCAUCAGUGAAACAGUCCUGGAACGUCUGCAGCUGCCGAAGCUGCUGGACCGCAGCGUAUCUGCCGACCCCUCUUUCUCGUGCUCGCCCUUCCCUCUCUCCCUCUCCCUCUCCUCCUCCCCAACAACUCCUGACCCUUUUGACAUGGACCCCAGUGGACCCUUGAGAUAUUUGCGCCAGCAGUCUGCCCCAGCUCCCAAGUUCACGUCGACACUGGAAGCGCGAAUCGAAGACUCGUUCCUACACACUCGGCCACAGAUUCGCUCUCGCUCCACUGAGCCGCCAUCCACCCGAGCCCUGUCGCCCAAACCGGUGCCUGUGCUGACACCUAAGCCUUAUUUCCAGACCGCAGCCCCUGAGCUGUGUGCCACCAAUACGGAUGCUUCGCUCCGAGUCAACGGUGACGUAGGAAGCAGCGACGUUCCUGUCACGCCCGAGAGAGACUCUCCUCUCCUGUUUGAGGCGUCUGCGCCCAGAACCAACAAGAACGCUACAGAUGCUCCUUCGACCGCAGGCAGAGGACGCCCAGCGUCAGCAGACAACAAGAAGGGACCAGGUAGCACAGAGGCAGCAUCUAUGGAUGAGGAGGAGGUCACUGAGCAUCCAACACCACCUAGUCGGCCAACCUCGCUCCCAACGCAACUGCAAAAGCCGGAACAAAGCUUCAGGAGGAAUGGAGUCCAGAUGCUUUCUGCACCAAAGGAAGAGAAGUCGAACGCUCAAACUCAGCCAGCGCCACCUACAGGAACUGGACAAGAAGAUUUAGCAUCUGCUUCUCAAAACAGCGUCAACCUUGUCCAGUCAGACGUCAGCACUCAGCAGCGUCAGGCGGUGGCGCUACAGGCAAGUGUUCCCAACUCCCAGCCGUCACCGAGGAGAGAGAAGGUACCGAGCUUAGCUGCUCCUGGGUCAUUUGACUAUCGCCCACAAAGGGAAACAACAGCAGAAUAUGCAAACAGUGUCAGGCCACCACUGGUCACCAGCAACCCUAAGUUACGCUGGGAGUUCUUCGCUCCGCCAGAAGAAGCAGAGAAAGGCCGUCAUGGAGGCGUGUCAGUCCUGGUGUUGCCCCAGGCCAGGCGGGGUGACCGCUGGUCUUGGGACCCGGAUGAGGAGCGAAAGCGUCAGGAAAGGUGGCAGCAAGAGCAGGAGCGCAUGCUGCAGGAGAAGUACCAACAGGAGCAGGAGAAGCUAAAGGAGGAGUGGGAGAAAGCACAGAAGGAGGUGGCAGAGGAGGAGAGGAAGUACCACGAGGAGGAGCGUAGGAUAUUGGAGGAGACUGUGGCGCCGCUGACUCCCUGCUCCUCAGCCCUGCCGUCCCCCAGCCGAGGGGAGCUCUCCUCCACCUCAGAGCCCCAGGACACCAUCGUGCGUUCACUGGCCGACUGGGAACGCAAGCAGGAAAUGUUGAAGAGGCAGUCGAUUCCACAGAGGGGGAGCACGGAGAGUGUGGAAUGGAAGCGAAGAGAAAAUGACAGGACCAGUGACAUCAGCACUGCUGACGACAGCAUGAAAACAGGAAGAAGCUUGGUGAGUCAGAGCAGCAGUCAGACAGACAACCUUGGUCACAGUCUGCAGAAUGGCCAGAAAGCGCCCGCGAUGCCUCCGGCCAAAGCUUCGACUGCGCUGAAGAAGCAACAAGAGCUGUCAGCCGACAGGAGCAAAACCAACCGGCCAGCGGGAGAGCGGAGGAGUGAUGCUCUUGAUAAUUCCAUGAGCCACAGCUCAUCAAAGCCCCCCACAGCAUGCCCAGAACCCCCAGACACUCAGCCUCCAGCACCCAACAGGUCCGUCAGUGGGAAGAAGCUGUGCUCCAGCUGUGGCCAGCCGUUGGGGAAGGGGGCAGCCAUGAUCAUAGAGACUCUCAGCCUUUACUUUCACAUACACUGCUUUAAGUGUGGCGUGUGUAAAGGACAGUUGGGAGAUACAACCACAGGGACAGACGUCCGGAUUAGGAACGGUCUCCUCAACUGCCACCAGUGCUACAUCCGCUCCCGCUCGGCCGGACAACCAACCACGUUGUGAAGCUCCGCAGCAAAGCACAAGGUUCAUGGACGAACAGCCCUGUUUUAACCCGAUUAUCACGUCCUUCGCAGCAUGUCGGGAUCUUAUACAUCCUCUGCAGCUCAGUAACCGCUGAGGAGUCGUCAUAUGAGCCAAACAGGGACCCGAGGACACUCAGAUGUUCAAAAUAUAUAUGCCCAUCGUGUAUGUCAUCUGAUACGUGAGUGAAAUCUGGAUUUGAUUGGUUCUUGUGCCACUACAGACUCUGUUUCAUCACGCAGCAUGUGAGACUGUGGCGGCCAUGUUGGGAGAACAAAACCCUCACAUGUACAGAUGCUUCAACCACAGGAGGGACACGCUGACGUACUGUCAAAGUGAAGAAAUAAACACGGCUUUCAUGUCUUGGUUAAGUAGAAUCUGAUUCCAUUUUCAUUAUUGCCAUUUACCAUUAAUGAACGCAGUAGAACACACGGCUAUUGAGCUGCUUCAUCUAGCUUCCAUUUGGUUUCAUUUACAGUGAUAAGAAUCCAAAAGCAAGAAGGAAAAGUGAAUGUGUGAUCAGGCAGCUUCUAUUGGACUUUAAUCAUCUAAUCAGUCAGAAUGGGUUCAAAUGUUUUUAUAUACGCAGUUUUCAUAAAUAUGCAGUAAAUGUUGCUUUUACUCAUUGUUUAGAUCAACAGCUGCAGUAUUUACAGGAGGAAGUCACUGUUGUUGUCCCUCGGCCCAAAUAGAGACCCUUUUAUCACUACUCCCCUCAGAUUUAAAUGAGCUGCUAAUAUAAUCUCUCUCUCUCCAUGUAGUUUCAUCCUAUGGAGUGACUUGUGAGCUGUUGUUGUGCGUUUGGGUCACAGCGAGCUGUUCCUCAGCCAGACCGUCAGGUUAGAGAGUACCAAAUUUAAUGUGCCUUAGAAAGCAAAGCGCUGCAGAAACACCUGCUACACCCGGUUUAAUUUUUUUAUUUCUGGGAUGGUGGGAGGGAUUUGGCCAAAUCUGAACCUUUGCGCUGCAGAAGGCUGCAGUCCUUCCUGCACCCUGCUCUCCAUCACCUCAUACUGUUUUUUACACAUCAACAACUCGCUUAGUUCCACUCUGCUCUUUUGUUAUUUGCAGUGAUAAAUGCAAUGCAAAGAUUAAACGUACACGUUUAUCUGGAAGAAUGCACAGUAUAGAUUAUAUAUACUUCAGGGGAAAGCAUUGAUUUUUACUUUGAAUGUUUUAUUCUAGAGCGAUAUAGACUUAUGUGCUAUUAUAGGGUAAUUUUGAUAUUCUGAGGUAAUUCUGAUAAUUGCUCACUAGUAGAACAUUUAUAGAAGUAACACAAUCACCAGUACACGUUACAUGUAGUUAAAGAGCAGACAUCACAUGAACACACAUACCAGCAGCAGUUGCACCUGUGCAAUAUUUGUUUGGAUGAAAACUAAAGAGCUGGACAUUUUAAGUCACUACGAGAAGAGCUCGGUUCUGUAUCGUGGAUAUUAAAUACAAAUGCACGUUUAAGCCUAAAACCAAAUGAUUUGCUGUAUGAAAGUAAACUCGCUGAACUGCGUCUUGUAGCCAGGCUUCCCACUAGCUUCAUCUCUGAUCUACAGUAUUUUAAGCUUAUGUUCCCGUUGUGUAUUUUCCUUUUAAUCCUUAUUUAGUCCAUGAGUAAAUCUCGGCAGAGUCUCAUAUAGCGGGAUCUUUGAGACGGUGCUGUGUCUUCUUAAACGGAUGGUGGGGAGUGAAAACCUUUACGUCUCUUCUGUAUUUAUUGUAAUAUUCACAUGAACACUAUUCAGAAUAUAGAUUAAUUUGAUGUUUAAAUGCAAUUGCAUUUAUAGCGUACUCUAUGUUUAUAAAUAAAAUUAUAUAAAUUAAAA